AUGGAGCUCAAAUUGGACACCAGCGAGUCGCACAUCUACGUGUGGCCAGGCAGCACGGUCAACUCGGAAGGGCAGAGCGCCCAGGCUCCACGGGACGACGCGGUGCUCGUCGCCUUCAUCACUUUGUCCAUCCCAGCCAAGAGCUCUCCGCCCAGUCGCAUUCAAUCCCUAUCUGUCACGCUCGAGGCUGUCGAGAACAUUGGCUUUCCAAGCGGCUCUUACGAGACCAAUCGGCCCUUCAAGGUCACGUGUGCUAGCGAGCAAGCAGUCGACAUGCCCAUCGAGGCUGGCAAAUCCUACAGAUGGGAGCUGCCAUUGUCCAUUCCGCAUGAUGUCGUCCCUUACGAGAGGUGCAAUCUUGGUCGCGUCUACUUUCGAUUACACACCAAGCUACACUUUGCCGGCAACUUCAUCACAAGACGUUCUUUGAGCGCGUCGAAGGACAUGUUCAUCAUUGCCGUGCCUAGCGAGGACAAUGUGCUGGAUUACGCCCAAAGCCACGGCACCUUUGUGGAGCACCUCGGACCCGUCGCGUUGGCUGUCCGAUCUCAGCACAUGACCGUAGGCGGCUAUGCUAGGCUAGCCUUGUCUUUACCAAGUCCGUCACCUACACUGGUGUUGGAUCAGUUCUCGCUGAGCGUCGUACAGAAUACCACACUGCACAGUCGACAAAGCGAACGGAUAGAACGGGCCAGACCAGAGAGCAGAGUCAUCACAGCCAUAGACUUCGAUGAGCUCUUGUCCAAGAGACUGCCAGACGGUACGUAUGAAGGCAACUGGAUCGCUCGCAUGCCCCACGACAGCCAGAUCAGGUCAAGCACGCUAGCGGCGAGCAAAGCUGCGCUACGGUUGUCCCACUCUCUAGAGGUUCGCAUCAUCUAUCGACCAGACGAUCUGCCAAGCACCAAGCCUUUGCUGUAUCGCGCCAGCUGGUCCUUGAUAUUACCCCACUGUGCAUGCAUGUGGCGGUCGAUGAGACUGCCGUCCUACUCGAUCGCAGACCCGUGCCCGGUACCUGAGCGAGGCCGCGACGAUUGGAUGCCGGAGCGCUACGCCAACAUUCACGUCUCUCAUUCUGGAUGUGCAUGCGGAGAGACGCUAGAGACGCUAUUGGCGUGGGAGGACGAGGUGGACGAUGAGCAGGACGUGUGCACGACGCGUAUGAUGUGGGAGGACAUGAGAAGGCAGUGGGAGCGACGAGGUCCGGGUAGUGCGGCAGCAGCGCGAGCGGAGCACUUGCGACAACAGCACUACAGACGAAUGGCCAACGAGCAUGCCGAGAUUGCGCACGGUGGACCAGCUGCUAUCGAUACGCUCACACCAGACAGCGGCUCGGGAGGACAACCUGCCGCCAACUCGCUACCCACCUCGCCCGAUGGUCCUCCCGACGCGGACGGAUUGCCGCCUAUGCCACCGGCUUUCGAAUUCCCACCCUCGCCCGAAGAGAACGAGACGGAAGAAGAGAGGGAGAGAAGGUUCAAAUCGGCCAAAUCUGCUCAACAGUACGUCUCUGUCACGCCCUACCCAUCUUGAGCCUCGUUCGCGCUUGUGGUACAUUCUCCCUCUCUCUCUCUC